AUGAGACGCCGGAGCUGUAACCUCGCCGCCCACCACCGCCCCUCAACCGCCUCACUUCUCCAACAAUUGAAGCCCCUCAUUUUCUCUUCCCUUUCCAAUUCCCUCUCCACAUUAAGCGCGGUUCAGCUCCCUGCCCGGGAUGACGCUGCCCGGUUCCAGGGCGUGAUCCAUGACAAAGACCUUCUCAGAAUGGGCCCCGAAGGAAAUACUCUCCUGGUUCUCGACCUCAUCGACCAAGGCUCAAUGGAACCGGACGCGAGGUUGUACGCCGAUCUCCUCAAGAGGUGCACCGAUCAGGGGAAGCUAAGGGUGGGCCAAAUGGUUUACACCCAUUUUAGUGCCUCGAGGUACCGCCAUUACGCCGCUAUUCGAAACACGGCCAUCAAUAUGUGCGCCAAGUGUGGGGACAUGAAGAUGGCACGCAAGGUGUUCGACGAAAUGAUCGAACGGGACAUGGUCUCCUAUACCAUGCUGAUCACUGGGUACUCCCACCAUAACGAGUUUAAGGAGGCUUUGUUUCUGUAUUUAAAUAUGUUGAGAAUCGGAUUACGGCCAAACGAGUUUACUUUUGGUAGCGCUCUUAAAUCUGCAGGUGGUCUGCAGAGUUAUGUGAUAGGUGGAGGCAUUCACGGGUCUUGCUUGAGGAGUGGGUUUGAAGAGAAUUUGUAUGUUGGGAGCGCAUUGGUGGACAUGUAUGCCAGAUGCAAGAGAAUGGAAGAUGCGAAGGUCGUGUUUAACGGGCUGCACUGUAAAAAUGAGGUUUCUUGGAAUGCAUUAAUUGCAGCGUACGCUCGGGAAGGAGAGGGACACCAUGCAGUGGCCUUAUUCUCAGAGAUGAAAAGGGGUGGGUAUGGGCCCACCCACUUCACGUACUCGAGCAUUUUCGCGGCGUGUGCAGGCAGCGGGGCUAUGGAGCAGGGGAGGUGGGCCCACGCGGAUAUGGUGAAAUCAGGGACAAAGCUUAUUGCCUUUGUUGGAAACACUCUCCUUGACAUGUACGGAAAGGCUGGAAGCAUUGAGGAUGCCAACCGGGUUUUCCGGCGGUUGGUGAAAAAGGACGUUGUCUCAUGGAACUCAAUGCUCACAGCUUAUGCGCAGCACGGUUUUGGGGAACAAGCUGUAUCUCUCUUUGAGGAGAUGCGUGGGGCCGGAUUUCAGCCCAACGGGAUCACUUUCCUAUGUGUGCUCACUGCCUGCAGCCACGCGGGGCUUGUGGACCAAGGGUUACACUACUUUAACCUGAUGCGGAAGUAUGAACAAGAGCCCGACAUCACACAUUGUGUGAGUGUCGUCGACUUAUUAGGCCGGGCCGGGCAGCUCGACCGUGCGCUGUGCUUCAUACAAGAAAUGCGAGUGAAGCCCACGGCAGCUGUUUGGAAAGCCCUGCUGGGUGCCUGCAGGAUGUACAGGAACACGAAUCUCGGCACCUACGCUGCCGAGCAGGUUUUCAAGCUCGACCCCCUCGACUCUGGGCCCCACGUGCUGCUCUCCAACAUCUAUGCCUCCACGGGGCAGCUGGGGGAUGCCGCACGAGUGAGAAAAGCGAUGGGUAGGUGUGGGGUGAAGAAGGAGCCCGCGUGCAGCUGGGUCGAGAUCGGGGGAGCUGUCCAUGUGUUUUUGGCGAACGACGACACGAAUCCCGAGAGGGAGGAGAUUCGGGUUAUGUGGGAGAAGAUGAGAGACGGGAUUAUGAAAAUCGGGUACGUGCCUGACACGAGGCAUGUGCUUUGGUAUGUGGAUGAGAGGGAGAGGGAGGAGAGGCUGCAAUGCCACAGUGAGAAGCUGGCGCUUGCGUUUGCGCUUCUGAAAAUGCCACCGGGACUGCCCAUCUCGAUAAAGAAGAACAUCAGGGUGUGUGGAGACUGCCACACGGCGUUCAAGUUUGUGUCCAAGUUGGUGGGGAGAGAAAUCGUGCUGAGGGACACAAACAGGUUCCACCACUUUAAUGGGGGGUCGUGUUCUUGCAGGGACUAUUGGUAG